AUGCUGGUGGUGUUCGACGACCCGGUGACGGAGGGCCAGGCGCUGCCCGUCGGGGCCGAGGAGGAGCCGGCGGCGCGCGCGCAGGGGUUCUACUUCUACGACGGGAAGGGGUUCUUCAACGCGUGGUUCGCCUUCUCGCUCGUGUUCAACUCCACGGCGCACAGGGGCACCCUCAACCUCAUGGGCGCCGACCUCAUGGGCGAGGAGACGCGGGACAUCUCCAUCGUCGGCGGCACCGGCGACUUCUUCAUGGCGCGCGGCGUCGCAACCAUCCACACGGACGCCAUCGAGGGCCUCUACUACUUCCGCUUGCAGAUGGACAUCAAGCUCUACGAGUGCUACGUCUGA